AAUCAAACGGUGACGGAAAGCGGUCGGGGUCACGUGUUUGCCGUAGAAAGCUCCAGAUAAACAUGGCGUCCACCAUGAAACUGAUGGAUGCGGCUCGACAUCUGCACAGAAGUUCGGGUUUAGUUGUGAGACUAAAGUGGCCCGGAGUCGUCGGUUGUCCCCUGACCCGGACACCAGCCCCGAGCUGCCGGCUCCAGCCUCCGCGUUUCUACAGCACUACAAGGGGCUCAGAGAAAACAUGCGUCCCUCUCCACUCUCCAGUCAACACAGCAAUGACAGCUGGGUGCAGGCUGAACGCCAGACCUCAGAGGUGGAUGCGGGUGGGGGCAGUUGUCCGCUUCCCAGACUCCAGCCUCCUUGCCCCGAAGUCCGGGACCUACAGUCUCCAGGCUCGGCAUUACGGGGACCGGGCCAGCAGCGCGGGGUUCUCCGGGGAAGACGGCGGGGACAGCACGGGUUCAGGGGGAGAGGAGUCCGGCGGAGAUGGGGGAGCUUAUAGCGGACCUCAGAUGACGGCUCUCACCCCCAUGAUGGUCCCCGAGGUGUUUCCAAAUGUGCCGCUGAUUGCUGUCAGCAGGAAUCCGGUGUUUCCUCGAUUCAUAAAGAUAAUAGAGGUGAAGAACAAGGACUUGAUGGAGCUGUUGAGGAGGAAAGUGCGUCUGGCUCAGCCGUACGCUGGAGUUUUCCUGAAGAGAGACGACACUAAUGAGUCUGAUGUGGUGGAGUCUCUGGACGCCGUCUACAACACAGGGACCUUCGUUCAGAUUCACGAGAUGCAGGACUUGGGAGACAAGCUGAGGAUGAUUGUCAUGGGACAUCGCAGGAUCCGGAUCACGAGACAGCUGGAGGUGGAGCCAGCUGAGGUGGAAACAGCCACUGUGUGGCCAGAGUCCGAGCCAGAGUCUCCCCUGAGACAACCACAGAGACGUAAAUCCAAACGCAGCCGCAAGGACGCACCCGAAUCUGUGAAAGAGCAGCUCGAGGACAAGAUUUCAGAAGUAGACCUGAGUCCAGAGCUUCAGCCGUUGCCCUCCUCCAACAUCCUGAUGGUGGAAGUGGACAACAUCCAACACGAACAGUUCACCAUGACGGAGGAGGUCAAGGCGCUGACGGCGGAGAUAGUGAAGACCAUCAGGGACAUCAUUGCACUCAAUCCCCUCUACAGAGAAUCUGUCCUCCAGAUGAUGCAGGCUGGUCAGAGAGUGGUCGAUAAUCCGAUCUACCUCAGUGACAUGGGAGCAGCUCUGACAGGAGCAGAGUCACAUGAACUGCAGGACGUCCUGGAAGAGAUGAACAUCCCAAAGCGUCUCUACAAGGCUUUGUCUCUGCUGAAGAAGGAAUACGAGCUGAGUAAACUGCAGCAGCGCCUGGGCAGAGAGGUGGAAGAGAAGAUCAAACAGACCCACAGGAAAUAUCUGCUACAAGAGCAGCUCAAGAUCAUCAAGAAGGAGCUGGGUUUGGAAAAAGAGGACAAAGAAGCUAUUGAGGAGAAGUUCAGGGAGAGACUGAAAGACCGGACCGUCCCUCAACACAUAAUGGACGUCAUCAACGAGGAGCUCAACAAACUGGGCCUGCUGGACAACCAUUCAUCUGAGUUCAAUGUAACCCGUAACUACCUGGACUGGCUGACCAGCAUGCCCUGGGGUACCAACAGCGAGGAAAACCUGGCACUAGACCGAGCCAAAGAAGUUCUGGAAGAAGACCAUUAUGGGAUGGAUGAUGUUAAGAAACGCAUAUUGGAAUUCAUAGCGGUGAGCCAGCUCCGCGGCUCCACCCAGGGGAAGAUCUUGUGUUUCUACGGUCCUCCCGGUGUCGGAAAGACCUCCAUCGCUCGCUCCAUAGCCAGGGCCCUCAACAGACAAUACUUCCGGUUCAGCGUGGGAGGAAUGACAGAUGUGGCUGAGAUUAAAGGGCACAGACGGACAUAUGUUGGAGCCAUGCCUGGGAAGAUUAUACAGUGCCUAAAGAAAACCAAGACGGAGAACCCUCUGGUGCUAAUAGAUGAGGUGGAUAAGAUGGGCCGUGGUUACCAGGGUGAUCCGUCCUCUGCUCUGCUGGAGCUUCUGGACCCUGAACAGAACGCCAACUUCCUUGACCACUACCUGGACGUUCCUGUAGAUCUAUCAAAGGUGCUGUUCAUCUGCACGGCCAACGUGAUCGACACCAUCCCAGAGCCCCUGAGAGACAGAAUGGAGAUGAUCAAUGUGUCUGGAUACGUGGCUCAGGAGAAGCUGGCUAUCGCUGAGCGCUACUUGGUCCCUCAGCUCCGCACACUUUGUGGUCUGACAGAGGAAAAAGCCUCCAUCUCUUCUGAUGCCCUCGGUUUGCUCAUCAGACAAUACUGCCGAGAGUCUGGAGUGAGAAACCUGCAAAAACAAGUGGAAAAGGUUUUCCGUAAAGUGGCGUUCUGUAUCGUCAGUGGGGACCAAAACACAGUGACUGUUACACCGGACAACUUGCAGGAGUUUGUGGGUAAACCUGUUUUCACAGUGGAUCGGAUGUACGAUGUCACACCACCAGGGGUGGUUAUGGGCCUGGCGUGGACCGCUCUAGGAGGGUCGACGUUGUUCAUUGAGACUUCGCUCCGCCGCCCUUCAAGAAAAGCGGGCGACAAAGAGGAGGGGUCACUGGAGGUCACAGGUCAGCUCGGAGACGUUAUGAAGGAAAGUGCAAAGAUCGCUUCAACCUUUGCCCGAGCUUUCCUUAUGACCAAAGAGCCGAAAAAUCACUUCCUGGUCAACUCCCACCUGCAUCUGCACGUCCCUGAGGGGGCAACACCCAAGGAUGGACCAAGCGCCGGCUGCACCAUCGUCACAGCCCUGUUGUCCCUGGCGUUGAACCGGCCAGUUCCUCAGAACUUAGCCAUGACCGGUGAGGUGUCACUAACUGGCAAAAUACUUCCAGUCGGAGGGAUCAAGGAGAAAACCAUCGCUGCUCGUCGUGCUGGUGUGACCUGCAUCAUUCUCCCUGCUGAAAACAAGAAAGACUUCUCUGACCUGGCAGACUACAUCACACAGGGCCUGGAGGUUCAUUUCGUGGAUCACUACAGUCAAAUCUACCCCAUUGUGUUCCCAGAAAACGCGUCUUAACCAGCGUGAAGCCUUAGCCCGGCUCUUCACAACCCACAGCUGAUUGUCAUUCUAGUUGUACAUAGUAAAAUCCCGUUAAUGUGUUUUGACUAUAGAGUCAUUCCACAGAGAAUGGCAUCACAGUACGAAGAAGAGCAGCCAGCUUGGAGAUCCCUCACGUGUCAGUGAUUCAGUUCGGUUCCAGCUGAACCACGUGGCGCUGGAACGGAGGACCCUGGUGUAAUGUGGGCGAAAUCACUUGAAUGAAAAAACCACGCCACCAACCGUGCCAAAGAGGGACAAGGACAGAAAAGUGACGUUGAUGAACUCUGACCUGUCAUCACAGGAAACGAUGUCACUGAUUAGAAGAUGUUGAGUUGUUGAUUUUGUUGCUGUCUUUGAUACAAUUCUUACAUUAUUUUAUAGUAUGUGAGAGGUGAGGAUCAUGAUGCAGUUAUAAGUUAAACAAUAAACAAACACGACUGUGCUUGCUGCAAAUUACUCAACGUUCAUUCAGUUGUGUAGACAACAUUGAAGUUUUUUGUUCCUACAACUCAUAUUUAAUAAAAAAAUUAUCUAAAUGA